UGUUUCCAAAGGGGGUACUAGCCUAUUUGGAUCAUCGAUCACUCACCUUUUUCUUUGCUCUCCGACUUUUUCAGUCAAAUUUGGAAGCCUCAAAAGUACUCCUUACUUGUUUCCACUUCUCUCAAAUGGGUCCUUCUGGAAGAACAAGAACGAGAACGAGAACCGCAAGAAAAGCCCGAAGAAAAUCGGAGUUGAUGAAGAGGACUAGUAACAAUCAAGAAAGUGGUCAUGAUCAUGAAGUUGUUGUGAUCAAUUCUCCAACUAAAUCAUCAUCUUCCAACGAUGAUGAUCACUUAAUUCCCAAGACAGAAGGAAUUGAGUUCGAGGCCGUCGAUGAUGAUGACGUCGUCGGGUGUUCGACGCCGAAAGGUCAGAGAUUUCGCAUACCGGAGAUUCGGACAUGCCCGCCGGCCCCAAAAAAGCAAAGGGUGAUCUCCAAUUGCUCCAUUCAAAGAACGCCAAUCGCUUUCUUUGCUCCGCCAGAUUUAGAGCUCUUCUUCUACUUUGCACUUCGCGGUAUUUCAGUUUGAAAACAAAGACAAAGGAAAUCAUAAAGUCAUGUUUUAGUAUUUGUAAGGAUCAUAUUCAAUAGCAAUAGUGUAAUAUGGUCUUUACAAAGUACCUUCUUUUUUAGUUAAUUUAGUCUUGUUUGAUGAUCAUAGUUGUUUGGAAUAUGAUUUUGAGCGAGAUGUGUGAGUGGGUCUUCAGACCAAAAAAAAAAAAAAAAAAAAAAGCAGUUAUUACCUUGGCUUUUUUUUUUUUCUUUUUAAAUCCUUGAUUCCUUGUCUAAUUUGAGUUGGGAUUUUCAAUUUGUGUAGGGUAUAAUACUAAUCAGUGUGUGUUUAGGUGGGGCAGAUUUAGUAAAAUUGCCUACUUUCUAAUUAUGUAUUGCUGACCAGUAGUACUACUGGGUUUGUUGAGUGCAGUACUGUAAUCGAUUGGGUUGGUUUUUUUUUUUUUU